CGAAGAGAUUAUAUUUGAAAUGUCACAAGCCAACGCACAAUACAGGUAGCCCCCACUUUUGACCCCGCCCAUAUUCUGACAGUCACAGUAGCUGCUUUAUUGAACACCGCCCUCUGACGUACGCGCGCUACGGAGGUCAAGAAACUUUGUGUUUAGUCAAGUCAUGCGACUUGCGAGUUGCGCAAUUUAAUAUUUCACGUUGCGCAACUUGGUACUUGGUUGGUUUCCUCCUGAAACAUCCUCUAGGGAUCUUGACUAGGAACUAGCAACAUUACAGUUAUGUCGCACAAUUUUUUUACAAAUGUUUCCGGUUGUCAAAAACUCGCAUUUUACGUUUCUGUAAUUUAAUAUGCUGAACGUGACACCGCCCUCUAUAGACGAGACGGACGUGACUACCAGGAAAUACAUGUAGAUUGUAGAUUGUAGAUUUCAGUUUAAGCGUCCGCCCAUCGAAAUAAAGAUGGAUGAACGAGAAGCGAGACAAACUACAACGAGUCAAGAAGAUGCGACGACAACAGAAGAACAUCGAAGGAUACAGGUGGAUGUGGUAACGACGGACAGUCAGGGCGGGACAACAGUUCCAGGCACGGUUCCGGUUGCAGUCGUCCAACAAAUGCUGCAGCACAUGCAACAGAUAUCGGGCUCUGGAAAUGUUCCCACUAUCAACCCCACAGGUUACACCGUCACUAUCAACACAUCCAGAGACAAUCCAGACCAAUCCGGUCAGCCAUCAGUUAACAUAAAUGUAUCAGAGAAACCACCAAGUACAUCGCAGUAUCCACCUGCUGACCAAUCAGCGAAUCCACCAAGUUCAUCACAGCAUCCACCUGCUGACCAAUCAGCGAAUCCACCAAGUUCAUCACAGCAUCCACCUGCUGACCAAUCAGAGAAUCCACCAAGUACAUCACAGUAUCCACCUGCUGACCAAUCAGAGAAUCCACAAAGUACGCCACAGCAUCCACCUGCUGACCAAUCAGAGAAUCCACAAAGUACGCCACAGCAUCCACCUGCUGACAAAUCAGAGAAUCCACAAAGUACACCACAGCAGCCGACCACACAACAAACGGCAUCCCAAACACAAGAACACAGCUCGUCCAAAAAGGUCAAGUUUGACAGUCCGGGCCAAGAUGCUGCCGACAGCUGCGAAAAGUCAUUGAGGUCACUGUACAUGACCACUGGCAGCUACGUUCAGUUGCUCCCAUGGGUGGGUGAUGACAUGAAACACAUCUUGGACAUCUUCACAAAGUUGCAGUUAAAAACUGGUAAGGGCGAAAAUGAAUUCAUGUUGGCGUCCUAUGAAGAUAUAAUACUCCUUCUGUCGAGAGCGUAUCACCUGAACCCAAUAGCUAUUUUAACAGGGUUGGCGGGUAGUGGAAAAACCACACUCUUUGACAAAAUAGCAUACGAUUGGGCAGUCGGUUCUAGUCGGGUACUGCAGAGGUACAAACUUGUCUUUAAGUUGAAAAUGCACUCACUGGACGAGACCUCAGGUCAUGUUACUGCGGUCUUUAACCAGCUCUUGGCCGAAGACACGUGUGUUGAUAAAGGCCGCCUGGACACGUUUAUCAAGCACAGUCCUAUGAAAGUCCUCAUCUUGCUAGAUGGCUUUGAUGAGUUCAAGACUACCUCCCUGUGUGAAUCCAAAUUUGGUUCCAUACUGAAUAUCCUGAAUCGAAUGACAUUGAGGGGUUGCACUGUACUUGUAAGCACCCGCCCCUCGCAUUAUGACCGACUGGUAUCAUGGGAUCUGGUUCAGGAACCAUUCACGCAUGUGGAGGUCCUGGGUUUCAAUAACAAAAGUGUCCCUGAGUAUGUGAACAAAUUUUUCUCACAUGAACCUGAUAAGGCCAAGGGGCUUAUUGAUAGGAUUAAAUCCUCAGACCUUCUGUCUGGUAUGGCUGAGAGUCCGUUGCUGCUUCUGGCGCUGUGCCUACUAUGGAGAGACGAUGGCACUCUUGUAGAAACAGUGUCGAGCUUGUUUCAUAAGGGAGUGGCAUUCAUCUUCAAAAGAAAAGAAGAUGUGUCAGAAGAAGAAGUAUCCAGAGUCUUGGUUGACAUUGGCAAGAUUUCUUUGCAAGGUGUUCUUGCCCCAGGUCAGUUACUGUCUUUUAAGCAAAGUGACUUUAAGGCGGGGGUGCUAGACAUGGCCCUGAAGGCAGGUAUUCUGACCAGACAGAGAGUCCUUGGGAAACCAGCGACUCACGACAGUCUUGAGUUUAUCUAUAAUGAAUUCUCUGCUGCUAUGUACUGGCAAAGCUUGCUAGAAGAACAUAAAGAGAAAUUUCGCAAGAUUCUGAAUCAAGUUGUGUCAGAGGGGCCAAAGAAGUUUGAGUAUCUGCUGCGCUUCUGUUGUAGGGAAAACGAGGCAUGUACAAAUGUGAUUCUGAAGGCACUUCACGGGAGUUGUCGAGAGAAGUGGUCAUUGAAAUCAGAGAUGGGUCGGUUGGCACUUCACUGUUUCUGUGAAGGCCAGUCCGAACGUUUACCUCCUGACGUACUCAUACAUUCAUUCAUUGCUGAUCAAAUUAUCAUCGAGGGGCUUGACAGCGAUGGUUUGGAAUCAUUCACAUACUUCCUGAAAUGUCUCGCUGGCCAGCCAAUUAAAAAAAAGAGUGGCAGUACUCACCUCGCUAAAGUUAACAAAUUGGUUGUCCUCCAGUGUAACUUGACAUGGUGUGCCAUGAAUCUAGCUCCUACCAUGAGUUCGAUGACAAAUCUUCGCAGUGUUGGUUUGUAUGGGUGCUCGUUGACAGGUAAACACUUUGCAAAAAUUGCUGAGUCGCUCAAGGAUCUAGCGAAGUUAGUUGAAUUGGAUCUUUCUGGUAAUGACCUGGGUGGUACAGCAGAAUCAUGGUGCAAGCAGGUCAAGCAGCUGAAGGCUCUUACAAAGCUGGUUUUGGUUGGCUGCUCGUUGAAUGGUCAGGACAUCAAACAUGUUGUCGAGCCACUCAAGGAUCGUCCAAAGAGAGCAGUACAUGAAUGGGAUGUUUCAGGUUAUAACCUGGGUGGUUCAGCAGAUUCAUGGUGCAUGGAUGCAAAGCACUGGAGGACCCUCACAAAGAUGGGCUGGGGCGGUCGCUCACGCCAUGGACGGGACAUGAGACAUGGUCCUGAGCCACUCAGGGAUCUUCCAAACUUAGUGCUAGUUGAACUGGAUAUUUCUAAUAAUAACCUAGGUGGUACAGCAGAAUCAUGGUGCAAGCAAGUAAAGCACUGGAAGGCCCUUAAAAAGCUUGGCUUGGGUGGUUGCUCACUAAACGGAGAGGACGUCAAACAUGUUGCUGAGUCACUCAAGGACCAACGCAACUUGGUUGAAUUGGAUCUUUCUCGUAAUGACCUGGGUGGUACUACGGAAACAUGGUGCAUGGAGGUAAAGCAGUUGAGGACCCUUACAAAGUUGUUCUUGGGUGACUGCUCAUUGAAUGGACAGGACAUCAAACAUGUUGCUGAGUCACUUGGGGAUCUUCCCAACUUUGUUGAAUUGGAUCUUUCUAAUAAUAACCUGGGUGGUACAGCAGAAUAAUUGUACAUGGAGGUUUAGCAGCUUCUGCACCAUCAGAGGCUGAACCUCAGAAACGGUAAUCUUUACUCGAACAUGCCUCUGUCUAUCUCUGCUAGUUUACAUUUUCCCUGGGGAGUGAUCUACCACCUCCUGAUUGAACACAUUCUGCCUAUCAGCUGUGAGGAGAUCUUUCCCUUGAACAUGCCUCUGUCUAUCUCUGCUGGUUUGUGUUUCCCUGGGGGAGUGAGUCCCAGUCAUCUAUCAACGUCUGGCUGAACACAUUCUGCUUGCCACCUGUGAUGGAUAUUUCUUGAACAUGCUUGUGUCUGUCUCUGUUGGCACUUCAUUCUCCAGGUGGGAGUAAGUUCUAGUCAUCUACCACCCUCUGUCUGAACACAUUCUGCCAAUCAGCCAUGAGGGGUUCUGCCCUUGAGCAUGCCCCUGUAUGUCUCUGCUGGUUUGCGUUUAUCCUGGGGGAGUGAGUUCCAUUCAUCUACCACCCAUUGACUGACCACAUUCUGCCUAUCCGCUAUGAGUGGAUCUUUCUUUUUUUUUCAACAUGCCUCUGUCUCUCUCUGCUGGUUUGUGUUUCGCCUGGGGGAGUGAGUCCCAGUCAUCUACCACCCUCUGGCUGAACACAUUCUGCCUAUCAACUCCUAAUGUGUCUUUCUGUUUCUGCUGCUGUGUUUCUUUCAUGUACUACCUUCUCAUACAUUUGAAGAUCUUGUACUGACUCCAAGCCAAUUCAAUCACCCUCAUAAACUGAAAGUCAGCCUUAAUGUCCCCUUAAUGUCUCCCCGGCCCAAACAGAAAGUCCCUUGGCCUUGUCAGGUUCGAACCCCAGCUGCAUCAACUGACUUGAAUUCGGCUCAACCUUACUCAGAUUUCCUGUGCACAAUUUUGAUGAGUCUCAUAAUCAAAUUCUGUGAAAACACUUCUUAAGAUCUGCCCAAGCAAAAUGAUUUCUUUAUUAGAUAGUUUUCUGCACCUUGCACAUUGUAGCCAUGGGGCUCUAUCAACAGUGAUGGAAUUGGUUCAAAUCCGGGUUAUUUGGCCCAUGAAUAUGCUUUAAAAAGGUUGAUAACCAUAAUAGAUAACUGUCUUGAAGUCAGGAAUUUUGUAUCUGUAUUCCAGUAACUUGACGCUGACAAAUGCACAGUGUAGCAGUUGUAAAAAACAUGUAGUGUGAACAUUAAGUGGGGCCUGUGGGCGAAGCCACCUCUCAGCCGCGAAGCGGGCGACACAGGCGGCAAAGACUUCUCCCACGCGUAGAUGGUGAGGCAAAGCCUCGUGUGAAUACACGUAUAGAACUAGUUCUCAUCAACUGUAAUAAUUGUACAUUUCAUGAUUAUUGCAUGUAAAUAUGAAGAGAUAAUAAAAAUCGUAUUUUAUAUUUUUAUCAGUUGUUCCUGGAAUAUACAGUUUGCUGCAAACUGCCGCAUACUAAAGCUAGAUGGUCAGAUCUUGGUACAAUCCUAGAAGGAUCUUUAUCAAUCACAACCAAGAAUCAGUUGUACAUGUAUCGGUUGUAAAUGGCCUGCUGAAAAGUCUGAAAUUGCUGUGGUUUUUGUAACUAAAACCACAAGUAUCAACACAGCUGUAAUAGUUGUAAAUACUUUGAUUAUUGUUUGUACGAAGACUGGGCAAAGAAGUAUUUUUUUUCUGUUUUAACUUCUAUUUUGUAUCGCAAUGUAGCCUGAUGUGUAUUGUGUACUAGCCAUUGUUGCCUUGCUUUUGUACCAAGUCUUAAAAUCAUGAAAUUUUGAAAUCAUUGAAUUCAGUACAACUCAGUUGUUUUUUGUUUUUUUUAUUGGAAAUCAUAUUUUGAGAUGUAACAUUGCAUCUCCACGGGCACAGACCCACAUGAUGUUUUUUUCCCUCAAGUAUUGGAAAUCGUUGUUAAACCCUCCUACUGAUAGGAGUCAUAGAACUGUCACAAACCAUCAACAAAUCGAUGCUCUUCUUCUCCCAUAACAUAUGCACAGGCUGGUCACCAACUGCCACAACCCGUAUGGAUUAAACCACAUAACUGUCCAAACCUGUUGCAGGUGUUUGAUAGAUAGGGUGACCCUGAAUACUGCUACAACUUGCGUAGCAGCCAUCUUAGAGUCAAUGCCUUUUUUUUGCUGGGUUAUGCAUGAGUGAACCUUUGGUGCCUUCAUUGUUACUGAGCUAAAUCCAUCAUUGCCAGGCACUCACCAGCGCUGACCCACCACAUCUAUCAAUGUCAGUCAAGGCAUGGUAUCCUCAGUUAACCAAACUACCACAGCCUGUGAAUUGUACCAAUAUGAACCCAGUUUCAGACCUGUUAUAACCUGUCACCUGAUAUAUAUUGACAGAUAUGGUAUCUCUCUCAUAUUGUCACUGAGAGAGGGAGGGUUAGAAUAUGUUCCUCCCUCCAUUUGCCUUUAAGCCUUUUAAAAUUCAGUGGAAAUAAUAUAACAGAUGGUUGCUUUAUUAGGGUACAUGAAAAUGUUCAGCUUUUGGGUACAUCAAUUAUUUUCAACCUGGCCAAUAAUACUUGCAACAUCGGCAAUUUAGCUUUGGGGUAUAUCAGAAUUCGUAGCUUUUUGGUACAGCAACCAUAACUAUUUUUCAGCUUGGCCAUAAUUUGUAUACUUGCAACAUGGGCAAUUAAGCCCUGCACACUAUAAAGUCAUCCACAACGACAACGUCAGCACAAUUUGAAACCACCAUCAGCGCGUAACAUAGCGGGGGCAACGCCGGUUCAUUAGCGUUGCGGCCUUGGUGAGUCAAAUCGCUGUGUGUCUCACUCAUUAAGAUUCCUGCCGAGUCAAACGUGUACACACUUAAAUGAUCCAUCGUUUAGAGAAGGCUAAUAUUGGAAGUCGUGCCUAAUUGAACGGUGGAUGGCCCCCACGAGAAAUGAACCGGCUAACAAUUCCUAGAAAUAACAGCCAAUUAAAAAUUCAUAAUAGCAGGUUAAUAUUGGUUUUUCGCCACAUUGUAGUAAUAAUUGUACCAUUUUGUUUUGCAUUGUGUGUGGCUUGUGUUGGCACCUCUUUAUUCUUGACUGUUUCGAUAAAAGCAGAGUUGGUUUGUUCAUAGAGGUAGGAAACAUUUGUUUUCGAACGCAGUCGUGACUAAUUCAGUUUUGAUAUAGGGGCCUAGGCAACAGAUUGGGAUUCUCCUUCGUGUUUUAAUUUCCCAAAACGUUUCGCUGGAUUUUUAUUUUCACCUAUCCCGUAAUCACCAGUUCAUGCCUUGCAUUUGAAUGUUGAACAUAUGGAGUUGGGUAUAUAGCUUUCUUUUUGUGGAAAUUUCCAAAUUAAAGUACUUGUAUUGAACGUGUUAAUGUUCGUAGUCUGUUUCAGCAAUGCAGUUUUGCCUUGUGAAUGUUACAUUGCUUCACUGUAUUCAAUAAUAAGAAUGUAUGAAGCCUUUGAAAGGCCACAGUGGAAAACAGUUUUUAAACUGUUGGGGAUACUCUGGGUAAAGAAAUGUAUUAUAAUAAAUAAAUAAACGGUGGGGCGAGAUUCACAAAACAUCAA